AAAAACGGAUCCUAGACCUGUCGCAAAAAGCAACGUAUGGUCACAUGACUCAAUACGUUCUUUCCACUGGUCAAGAACCAUUCUGUGCCUUUAUUUCCGGAAGUGCAUCUUCAGAUUGUAAGAGUUCCCAGAUCCAAGCAGACAUCCAGCUUUUACCAUCCAAGCCACAGAAUGACUCAUUGGUUCCACCGAAACCCAUUGAAAGCAACUGCACCUGUCUCCUUCAACUUCUAUGGAGUUGCUGGAAGCCCAUCAGCAAACAAGAUAUGCAAUGACUUGAGAACAACAAGGGCAAGACUCUUAGAGAUGUUCACAGAUACCACCUGCAAUCCCGAAAUCAUGAAAAAUGCCACCGAUGCUUAUUUCUCCCUCUUACAAGGAUUCAUUGCAUCUCUGGAUGGCACCACACAAGAGAACAAGCUUCGGUUCAUGCAGAACUUCAAGUGGACUGACACUUUGCAAGGAAACAUCCCAAGUGCCCAACAAGAUGCUAUUUUUGAACUGAUCUCCAUGGCCUACAAUGUUGCAAUUUGGCACACCAAGUUUGCCUCAAGACUUGCAGGAAAGGAAAAUGUAACAGAGGUAGAUGCAAAAGAUGUCCACAGGAGCCUGAAAUUUGCUGCUGGGAUUUUCAAACACCUCAAGGAGGUCCACAUCCCCCGCCUCAUCACCCCAGCAGAGAAGGGCCGGGACCUGGAACCCAGAGUCAUUGAUACCUACAUUGUCCAGUGCCAAGCAGAGGCACAGGAAGUGACGAUUGCCAGAGCGAUUGAGCUCAAGCAUAACGCCACUCUCAUUGCAGCCUUGGCCUUCGAGACGGCAAACUUCUACCAGAAAGCUGACGGCACACUGAACACCCUGGAGCCAGAGUGCAGCAGUAAGUGGAGGAAGUACCUCCAGCUGAAACAGCACUUCUACAUGUCCUAUGCAUACUGCUACCACGGACAGACUCUCCUCUCUAGUGACAAGUGUGGGGAGUCAAUAAGAUCUCUCCAAGAGGCAGAAAAAUGCUACUCCAGAGCUGAGACUCUGUGCAAAGAGUACCGUCAGACCAAAGGGCCGGGUAGCACGGCCAAGCCCUCUGAGCAGCUCUUCUUCACCAAGCUGGGUGGCUUGAUCAAAAAUACCCUGCAGAAGUGCGAGAGAGAAAACGGAUUCAUAUACUUCCACAAGGUCCCAGCCGAGGCGCCCCAGCUGGAGCUGAAGGCCAGCUAUGGCCUUGCUGAGCCAAUCUCCUUUGAGUUCCCAGUGCUCAGCGAGCAAUGCACCCCUGAAGUCUACGCCACCUUUGACCUCACCAAGGGGGCCAAAGACGAGAAGGCCAAACCAAAACGGGAAGAAGAGGUUAUUAAGCCAAUGAAGGAACCAGAUUUGAAGCCUCAGAAAGAUACAGGCUGCAUCAUCUCUUAAACAACAGGAAGACUACUCCCAUACUGUACACAGGCUUAAAUUCCACCUAACACAGAUAUGGAGUCCCAUUUCCUUUCCAUGAAAAGUAAACCAUAGGAAAAGUCCUUGUUGUUUCUUUGAUUUGUGGUAAAAUGUUUUACAUUAUGCUGAUAUGCAGUGCUACCAAGCCAGACUAUUCAGUCAUUGAGUAUAAAAUGGCCUCUGAGAAAAGGUUAUUGGUGAUGGGGGGGAUAACAUAAUAGAUAUGGGAGUAGAAAUGUUAAUCAACAAGGAACAAAAGAAAAGCAUGGAUUUAUUCAUGCAUUGGCUUGUUUUACAUGUAGUGUUUUAUGGUCAGUGAUUUACGGUAGCAUCUGUUGUACUUAAUUUUAUACGUAGCUGUUUUCACAUUUUUUGGGACAAAAUAUUAUUGGGUCAGACUUACAGCUGAAUUGUUCUCUCACUAGUGCUGUUGGGGAUUUUGUUAAAAGCCCCCGUCAUAUUGGAUCUUUAUUUAUUACUCAUUUAAGAAACUGACAAAUCGUAUAGUAAGAACUUAACACUCCAUGAUGAAUAUCUAAUCAUUUGAGCAAAUCAUAUGUUUUCAUUUAUUUUAUUUUUCUGUCUCUGCGAUUCUCUAAUCAGUUUUCUUAACUGAAAGGACACUCCUGUACAUACAGAGACUAUUCAUACUCUCUCAAGACUCUCCAUUGCUGGGUAGGGCCUGUAUUUAUUAUAGUAACCAUUGUGAAAUAUUCCCCUCUUUUUAUUAGAGAUUUGAGGACAAGGCGGUGCUUGUCUUGGGUCAUAAUAACCAUAGCAAGGCCAACUGUUCAGCAGGAACAUGGAACAACAUCUGGGAAGCAGUCAGGAGAGCGCAAUGUGCUGAAUGUUGCAGAUAAUAAAUGUAAUUUAAAAAGCUGAUAUGAGCAUGCCUGUUCUACUCAAAAUAUUUCUCUGAACGUUCCAUAACAUUGUACCCUGCGGAUCUUCCUGUGAUCUCCAAAAACUGUUUUAAAUAACCCAGACUAGUGGCCAUGGUUGCUGUUAAGUCUGAUUGAUGAGCGCAGGAACAAUAGAAUAAUGGUUAAUGAAAUUCAAAUAUGAUGUCAAUCAACCUGCUCAAACCAUUUCAGUGAAGGGAAUAAUGUACUUUGGCACAUGGUUUUACACUAUGUACGGAAAUCUAUCAAAUUCAUUUACUCAGUUUUAUUUUCUGUAAAUGACUGAUAUACUCCAUAUGUAUGCAUUACUAUAGCUUUCAGAGUACUGAUUCACCAUCAUUUCCUAACAGUUUUUUAGAACUAAUGACAACUAGCCUCUACUAAGGUAGUACAAUAGGGGGACAAGUAACCACUAGUAUAGUAUACUAAUUUGCCAAUCAAGGAAGACAAUUUGGCAUUCUUUCUGUGCAACCUCAGAGCCCAUUUGAAUGGCUUUACAUUUGAAAUCUUAUUAGUCACACCGAUGUCAGACCUCAGUGUAGAUGUACUGUAUCCAGCUCUAAAUUAGAAUGAAAAUAACACAGACUAUAUAUUAUCUUUACAAGCCCUUUUUAUUCUUGGAACAAUGGAUUUUCACAAUCAAGGACCAAUUGUAUUUAUUUUAAUGAACACGUCAUUUGCUGUAUCAUAAUGUAUACACCAGUCUAACAUUACUCUUCUUCGAAUGGUGUCCUUCAUUGAAAAUGUGUUUCAAAUGGAAAUAAAAACAUCAAGAAACCUGAA